AUGAUCGAGUCGGGGCCAGCAUGCAAAGGGCCGUCGAGAGCCAGUGAAGCUCAGGCUGCGGUUUCUAAGUUUAGCAGCGGCUGCCAAGUUGCUUUGGCCCAAGGUGGAGGCUUGCCUGCCAGCGCCGGCAAUCCAGCGAAGCCCGGGAGCCGAGAAUUGGGCUCGGUGGGUGCUGCCAAAUCAGAGCUCGAGAUGGCAGCUGCUAAAGAGUUCAAGGUGGUUCUUGCCGGCCAGUUCGGUUCGGGCAAGACCACGUUUGCCACGCGCAUCAAGUCGGCCAAGUCGGAUAAGAAGGAGAUCAAGGCUCUCAAGACCACCCAGUACCCCGUGACGCUGCAGACCUCGGCGGGCCAGGUGACGCUCAACCUGUUCGACACCAACCUGCACGCCAAGGGCGGUCUGCCCGACGACGGCUUCUUCCGCACCGCCGACGCCUCGAUCGUCUUCUUUGACCUCACCAAUGAGGGCAGCUACACUGCCAUGGAGGAUUGGUACGACGCCGUCAUCAAGGCCAACGGCCGCAAGGGCAGCGAGCCCCUCCCCGUCGUCGUCGUCGGCACCAAGGCGGACGACAUCAAGGGCCGAGACAUCAAGCCUGCGGCCAUCGAGUUCCCCCGCAAGAAGGAGCACACCUACCGCGAGAUCUCUGCCCAGGCCAACUACGGCGUCAAGGAGCUGCUCCUGGAUGUCUGCAAGGCGCUGCUGGGCGACUCUGUUCAGCUCACCGCCGAGGUCGAGAUGGACAAGCCCAGCAUCGACAAGAUCGACGAGGAGCAGCUCGAGAAGCUCUUCGCCGAGUACGAGAAGGCUGCCUCGGCCUGA